UCCUUUCCUUAACCUCUUAGUCCAAACACGGCCACUAUAAAAUCCAUUUUUCCGACCAUCAUCACAAAUCUAUCUUCCAAAAACUAACAACAAAAAUGGAUAUCGAACAAGCAAUAAGAAACCAAACCCAAGUGUCUUUAUCUCUAACAACCCACCUUUUGACCAAAAAAACAUCAACUUCAUCCAACACUGUUUUCUCACCACUCUCGAUCCAUGUCAUUCUAAGCAUAAUAGCUGCCGGGUCAAAAGGUCAAACACUUGACCAGCUUCUGUCUUUUUUGAAAACAAAAACAGUUGAUGAUGUUAACACGCUCUCUUCACAGCUUGUUUCUUUGGUUUUGGCUGAUGGGAGUAUAAAUGGUGGGCCACUUUUGUCUUUUGUUAAUGGCGUUUGGGUUGAACAAACACUCCCAAUUAAGGAUACUUUUAAACAUGCUCUGGAAAAUGUUUAUAAGGCUGUUUCUAAUCAUGUUGAUUUUCAGACCAAGGCUGUUGAGGUAGCUAGUGAAGUGAAUGUGUGGGCCGAAAAGAAAACCAAUGGUCUUAUCAAAGAGAUCCUUCCUGCUGGUGCAGUUGACAGUUCCACCAAACUUAUCUUUGCUAAUGCAGUCUAUUUCAAGGGAGCCUGGAGCGAGAAGUUUGACCCGUCAAAGACAAAAGACUCCGACUUCCAUCUUCUUGAUGGUAGCAAAGUGCAAGUUCCCUUCAUGACUAGCAAGAAAAAACAAUUUGUGCGUGAGUAUGAUGGUUUUAAAGUAUUGGGACUCCCCUAUUUACAAGGGGAUGAUAAACGCCGUUUUACGAUGUACUUCUACCUUCCAGAUGCAAAAGAUGGACUUCAAUCUUUGGUAGAAAACAUAGGUUCCACAUCUGACUUCUUGGACCAUCACAUUCCACGCCAAAAGGUGGAAGUCGGGCAGUUUCUGAUCCCAAAAUUCAAGAUCUCAUUCGGGUUCGAGGCUUCUGAAAUGUUGAAGGAAUUAGGGCUUGUGUUGCCUUUCAGUGGCGGAGAAGGUUUGACCGAGAUGGUUGACUCCCAUGUGGGCAAAAAUCUAUAUGUUUCAAGCAUUCACCAUAAGUCAUUUGUGGAGGUGAAUGAAGAAGGUACAGAGGCUGCAGCGGCUUCUGCAGCUGUAGUGAUGAUGAGAUCCUUGAUGACCAAUGAUAAGGUCGAUUUUGUGGCGGAUCAUCCCUUCUUGUUUGUGAUCAGAGAAGAUAUGACUGGAGUCGUGUUGUUUAUGGGACAGAUGGUUGACCCUCGUGUUGGCUGAACACGUUGAAAUUUUUGCACUUGUAUGAUGGUUAACUUUUAAUUGUGUUUGUAUAAGUUUGCUUUAAUGUGUGUAACUUAUGAGUGGCAAUAAAUCUCUAGUAUCGACUA